AAAAAAAAAAAAAAAAAAAAAAAAAAAAAAAAAAAAAAAAAAAAAAAAAAAAAAAAAAAAAAAAAAAAAAAAAAAAAAAAAAAAAAAAAAAAAAAA